ACACUGCCAUCCACUGGUCCCUCUUGCUUUUCCUCCUUUUUCUCUCCCCCUUUUCUCCUUUCCCUUGUCUCUUUCUUUCCAUCCUUUUUCUGGCUUGCCAAUCACUUUCUCACUCUUCAAAAACCCAUUAAUUUUUCUCUCUCAGUGAAAACCAAAAACCCAUAAAACCACACUCUCCUCUGCUUCCUCCUCGUCCUCCUCCUCUUCCUUCCCACUUUUGAAUUAGGGUUUCAUGCAAUGUGGGCAGCUUGAAUCUCUCUACUACCCAACUUUUCUCACACUUUCUCGAGAAAAUGCCAGCAAUGGGAAAUAAGAAGAAUGUGCUCCUGCUGUACCUCGCCCUCGUGCUCUUGUUUUCGUCAGCUCAAGCCGCUCCUCCCCCUGCAAUGAGUAAUUUAACCCAUUUCAACUUUGAGAUUGUCAGUGGGUUUCUCUCAAAUGCUGCCUCUGUCCUGAUGAAAUGGGUUUGGUCACUCAAAGCCACUACCAAAACAGCAAUCACUGGCCGCCCGAUGAUGAAGUUUGAGAGUGGGUAUACGGUUGAGACUGUCUUUGAUGGCAGUAAGGUUGGGAUUGAGCCUCAUUCUGUGGAGGUGUUGCCCAAUGGGGAGCUUCUGGUUUUGGACUCUGCUAACAGUAACAUCUACAAGAUGUCUUCCCCUCUGUCUCAGUUCAGAAAAUUUUGAACAAACUGCAGAUAGCCGCCACGGCUGGUUGCUGGAUCUGCUGAAGGAUUAUCUGGACAUGUAGAUGGGAAAACCAGGGAGGCAAGGAUGAAUCACCCAAAGGGGCUUACAGUGGAUGACAGAGGAAACAUUUAUAUUGCUGAUACCAUGAAUAUGGCAAUCAGGAAAAUAAGUGACACAGGGGUCACAACGAUAGCAGGAGGUAAAUGGAGCCGAGGAGGGGGGCAUGUUGAUGGACCGAGUGAGGAUGCAAAGUUUUCAAAUGAUUUUGAUGUGGUUUAUAUGGGAAGCAGUUGCUCCCUCCUUGUCAUAGACAGAGGAAACCAGGCGAUCCGGGAAAUUCAACUCCAUUUUGACGACUGUGCUUACCAAUACGGAAGUGGUUUCCCUCUUGGUAUUGCAGUGCUUGUAGCAGCUGGUUUCUUUGGUUACAUGCUGGCAUUACUGCAACGAAGGGUCGGGACUCUAGUGUCUCCCACAAAUGAUGAGACAACAUGGAAACAGAGCUUUCCACCGAGUCCAUAUCAGAAGUCUAUGAAAUCUUCAGUGAGGCCGCCAUUAAUUCCUACUGAAGACGAUAAUGAGAAGCAAGAAGAGGGCUUCUUUGGGUCUCUUGGCAAACUUCUUGUCAAUGCCGGGGCUUCAUUUGCAGAAAUCUUUGGAGGAAUAAUCCCCGGGUUUAGAAAGAAGACAGUAAGCUUCCAGUACCAAGGCCAACAGCAGAAGCUAUCAAAUUCUUGGCCAGUGCAAGAAAGCUUCGUGAUACCAGAUGAAGAUGAGCCCCCUUCUAUAGAAACCCGGACCCCUACCCCUCGCAAAACCUACGCGUUCAUGUCGAAGGAUGCUGAGAAAAUGCAACAGCUUCGACAAAGUCGUGCCUUUUACAGUGAAUGGGAUGGAGAUCUCUACCACCACCACCACCAGCAGCAGCAGCAGCCGCCGCCCCCCCAGAAACAGCAACACCAGCAUCGGUAUCAUUCAUCUACCCCACAAACCUAUUAUGAGCAAAGCUUUGAGAAAACCGAUGAGGUCGUGUUCGGGGCAGUCCAGGAGCAGGAUGGGCGACGCGAAGCCAUGGUGAUCAAGCAUCUGGAUCACAGCAACCCUUUUCCUGACUACCGGAGCAUGCGCUCCUGGAUGAACUCGAAAGACUUUUUUGUCUCCGGCGACCUCUCUCUCGCUCUCAUUCUCUCUGUCGAUGGUCACCAGCAGUAUCAGAGGCGUUGACCAAGGUUGGGGGGCUGUCGAUAGCAACGACCAGGCGUGAGCGAACAGAUCUGGG